AUGAAGAUGGUCACACCUCUCGGACAUCUUGACGACACUGGCGCGGAGGAGCUCCACCUCGGCCUGGAGAUUGACCUCCGCCGACGGUCCCCUCUAGGAGGUACCCUCCUGGGGGUAUUGCGCUGGGCAUCGUGGCUAUCCUCAGUAGGCAUGGCUGAGUGUGGAGUGAAGAAGAGGCGACGGGGCCGGAUGGGUGAAGGAGCCAGCUGGGCUGGUAGAGAAAAAUGGGUUUUAAGUAUUAGAUUCCCACAUACGACGCCAAACUGUUGA